AUGACAAAGAGAAGUCCCGCCACCAUGGACUCGAAUGUCCGAGAGCCACUUCGCAUCAAUGCGCUGCGUCCCCGAGCUGCCGAAGACGAGAAGAUCUCUCUCCAUUUGAAUGGCCAUUCCUGCAGCUUUUUGACCGACAUGAUGCCCGUUGAGAGCCAAUUUACCAGCAGCAGCUUUCGCAGCAACACCAACGAAACCAGAGACUACCAUUCCCCCAAUAAGCAACUUGAUCAUUUCUCUGAUUCACAAUGUAUGAGCCGGUCUCGCCCCCAACGACGCAGCCAAUCAUGGCUAACCGCCGCGUUGUGCCUCACGGCCCUCAUCCUGACCUCGGCCUGGUAUGCCAACAGGCUAUCCGGCGCCGGCAGCGGGUCCUGGCAAGCCCGCCAGCCACCACAAUCCCCUGCUUCAUCUUCACCAGCCCGGAAAUGGAAUACGGCCGUCUCCAGGGCGACUGCGUUUACCGCCCAGCUCAACCUUACCGAAAAGACUCUGAUGGUUACCGGUCAGAUCGGUCUUGAGGCUGGUGGCUGCAUCGGUAACAUCCCGCCGAUCGAGCGCGUUGGCUUCCGCGGCCUCUGCUUGCUCGACGGCCCCACGGCGCUUGAUCGCGCCGAUCUCGUUAGCGUAUUCCCUGCUGGCCUCACAACGGCGGCUAGCUGGGACAAGAACCUCAUCUACAAACGUGGCAAAGCCUUGGGCGAAGAAUUCCGUGACAAGGGCGUCCACGUCGGACUUGGCCCAGUUGCUGGACCUUUGGGCCGGAACCAGCUUGGUGGGCGGAACUGGGAAGGGUUCUCUGUAGACCCCUAUCUCACUGGAGUUGCAAUGCGUCUCACAAUCGAGGGCAUGCAAGACGCUGGAGUGCAAGCCUGUGCUAAGCACUUCAUUGGCAAUGAACAGGAGACGCAAAGAACAAACUCCUGGCUUGAAAACGGCACGGAAAUAGCGGCAAUUUCAUCCAAUAUCGACGAUCGCACCCUGCAUGAGCUGUAUCUAUGGCCCUUUGCCGACUCUAUCCGGGCCGGCGUCGCUAGCAUCAUGUGCAGUUACAACCGACUAAACCAGACGUAUGCUUGUGAGAACUCAAACCUGUUGAACGGCGUUCUCAAGGAUGAGCUUUCUUUUCGGGGUUAUGUGCAGAGCGACUGGUUCGCAACUCAUUCCGGAGCCGUUUCAAUCAACGGAGGUCUGGACAUGAACAUGCCGGGGCCGAUUGGCCACGCUGAGACCCUGACUGGCGAAACAUACUGGGGACCUAAUAUCACAAAGAUGAUCAAGAACGGUUCUGUCACAGAGGAUAGGCUCGAUGAAAUGAUCCGUCGGAUCAUGACCCAAUAUUACCUAUUCGAACAGGACAGUGACAAAUACCCAACAGUCGACCCUUCCAUCAUCUUUACCAUCGCCGCACAAUCGAACCUAUUGGACUUAUUGCCCUUUCAGCCUCCACCAAGCCGAGAUGUCCGGCGGGACCAUGCAAAGCUUAUUCGUAAGCUAGGCGCGGAAGCCACCGUACUUCUCAAAAAUGUGAUCAACACGUUGCCCCUACAGAAGCCGACCAGCAUCGGUGUCUUUGGCAACGACGCUGCGGACCCAUCCGACGGUCUCGUAUUCGGCGCUGGCUUUGAGAUUGGUACUCUCACUGUUGGCGGCGGCUCUGGCACAGGCCGUCACACCUAUAUCGUUUCUCCCCUCGAAGCCAUCAGGAACCACGCGCGCAAGACCGGCGCUCGCUUGCAAUACAUCCUCCGCAACAGCGUGCUAGCUGCGGGCGAUUUCAGUAGCUUGUAUCCCAUCCCGGAAGUCUGCCUGGUAUUUCUCAACACGUUCGCCUCGGAGGGUUACGACAGGACGGAUAUUGAAGCCGACUGGAACUCGACACUGGUUGUCGAGAAUGUGGCGCGACGUUGCCCAAACACAGUAGUCAUAACUCACUCUGCCGGCAUCAACAGUCUGCCGUGGGCGACCAAUCCUAAUGUUACUGCUAUAUUGGCGGCCCAUCUACCUGGCCAAGAAUCCGGGAACUCGAUUGUUGAUGUACUCUGGGGAGACGUUAACCCUUCUGGCAAGCUACCAUAUUCUAUUGCCGUCGAUCCUGCAGACACCGACAUUCCGAUUGUAAAUCUCACUCAAGCCGAGAUAACAUCUCCUACAGCCUGGCAGGCCAAUUUUACGGAAGGCCUCUUCAUAGAUUAUCGUCAUCUAGAUGCUCACAAUAUCGACCCGCUUUACGAGUUCGGUUUUGGUUUAAGCUACACCACAUUUGACAUGCGGUCUUUGCAAGUUAAACAGCUAGUGAAGGAUCUCGCUGCCUCUCCCGAUACCUCCAUUCCAAAUACCCCAGGAGGCAAUCCAGAGCUCUGGAAAUGCAUCAUACGUAUCACUACCCAUGUUACAAAUACGGGGCCCGUUGCUGGCGCGACAGUACCCCAACUCUAUGUCUCUUUACCUCAGGAUGCUGUUCCAGAGGGCACUCCCGUCCAAGUUCUUCGGGGGUUUGAAAAGGUCUUUCUGGAGCCAAAGGAGUCAAAAGUCGUCGAAUUCGAGUUAUUGCGAAGGGAUGUUAGUUUCUGGGACGUGGCGUCGCAGGCGUGGGUUAUUCCUGAGGGGUCAAUUGAAUUUCGAGCUGGGUUCAGCUCUCGAGACAUAAAAGCUAGGGUGGAGCAUACUGUGCGUUUUCCUUCCAAAGGUCGGUAA